GCUGUGGAAAACCAAAGCUUAAAGAGUUUCCAUCAUAGGACAUACAAAGUCUCCGAGAGGGAGAGGGGAAGUAAGAAUUUCAUGGCAUUAUGACAGCUGUCACUCGAGAGAGCGUGAGAGUAUGAACAAAGAGAGAGGGUGUGAGGAAGUAUGAGCAAAGGUUCAAGAGGCAAAACAAGAAGAAAACUUGUUCUACUCCCUUUGUCCCAUGCUAUGGUUCCUUUUAGAUCUGGUAUAAUCCAUUCAUCAGGUGGAACCCGGAAGAAUGUGGGGGCAUGAGGAUGUUCAGCAUAGCCACAGAAAACCUGUGGCUUCCAGAUAUCUUCAUUGAGGAGUUUAUGGAUGUGGACCACACGCCCCCGGGCCUCAUGGCUUAUGUCAGCAGUGAAGGCCGCAUCAAGUAUGACAAGCCGAUGCGGGUGACCAGCAUCUGCAGCCUGGACAUCUUCUACUUCCCCUUCGACCAGCAGAACUGCACCCUCACCUUCAGCUCCUUCAUCUACACGGUGGAGAGAAUGGUCCUGAGCAUGGAGAAGGAAGUGCAGGAGAUUUCCAACACAUCAAAGAACCUCAUUCGAAGCAAGGGGGCCUGGGUCCUUCUAGGCAUCCAGCAGAGAACUCGGAGGGUUUCUUUUGGCACCAACCAGUAUGACCAGAUCACUUUCUAUGUGGCCAUCAGGCGCAGGCCCAGCCUCUACGUCCUCAACCUCCUGGUGCCCAGCGGCUUCCUGGUGGCCAUCGACGCCCUCAGCUUCUACCUGCCGGCUGAAAACGAGAACCGCGCCCCGUUCAAGAUCACCCUGCUGCUGGGCUACAACGUCUUCCUGCUCAUGAUGAACGACCUGCUGCCCGAUACAGGGACCCCCCUCAUCAGUGUGUACUUUGCCCUGUGUCUGGCCCUGAUGGUGGCCAGUCUGCUGGAGACCAUCUUCAUCACCUACCUGCUGCACGUGGCCACCACCCAGCCCCCACCCGUGCCCCCCUGGCUCCAUACCCUGCUGCUCUGUGCCCCCCGUCCAGCCAACUGCUGCCCCACACUGCCCUACAAGCCAGCCCAGGGCCCCCACCUGCCUCCCGCCCAGCAGCCUGGCCUGAAGGAGCCAGGGAAGCCAGUGGGGACAGCACCCAGUCCCUGGGAGACAGAGCUUAUUGGGAGCCCUGGCUCGGCAGGGACCCCUCAGGAAGACGGGGCGCAGAAGCAGCACUUGGUGGAGCUGUGGGUGCAGUUCAGUCACCUGAUGGACACCCUGCUCUUCCGCCUCUACCUGCUCUUCCUGGCCACCUCCCUGCUCACCGUCAUUGUCCUCUGGAGCACCUAAGUUGAUGCCUGCCUGGAAAACCCAAACCU